AGUUUCCUAUUACAAAACUUUAUACAAUUAUUUUAAUCAUUACUUUAUUCAAUUAAUGCCUAUAACAACAGAUUGAAUAGUGUAAAAAAGUAAAAUAAAUUUCUGUUUUGAAUUAAAUAUAGUGACUUUAAUUACAAACCAAUUAAAGGUUGGUAACAUUGCCUGUUUUGAACUAAAAAGUUUCAGUAGCCUUAGCAAAAAGAGUCGCGUCAUUGUUUUAUCGAAAUGGCAAAGGGACGGAAGUACGCGUUCAAAGAGUUAAACGAUGGUAAAACUUAUGCGAAGACGCGGUCAUCGAAUAUGUCCGUCCACUUCAAAAAUACAGUGGAAACAGCGAACGCUAUAAAAGGAUUAACAGUGGAAAGGGCCAAGAAGUAUCUGAACAACGUGAUUGCUCACAAGGAAUGCGUACCUUUCAAGAAGUUCAAAGGCGGAGUGGGAAGAUGUGCUCAGGCCAAACAGUUUGGAGUUACUCAGGGACGUUGGCCGCUAAAGUCUGUGAAGUUUCUUCUGGAUCUGAUUCGAAACGCCGUUGCUAACGCUGAGUUUUCUGGCAUAGAUACCGAACAUCUGAAGAUCGUUUACAUACAGGUGAAUCCUGCGCCUACUAGACAUCGCAGGACCUACAGGGCGCACGGAGUUAUUAAUCCCUACAUGUCGCAUAAUUGCCGUUGCGAAAUCGUCCUUGGAACAUCUGAAAAAGAAACAACCUAA